AAGAUCGAGCCCAGCGCCUUCUCGUCAGGGGCGACGGUGGACUCCCUGAUCCGCGAUAUGGAGGCGCUCUUCGCUGCUCGUUUCGCGCGGGGUGACAAGAAGAAGGCCCUGGCCCGCCUUCGGGGCGGUGCAAAGCACACUAGCCACCAUUUCAGCACUUUCAGGACCGGCAUGUUCCUCGGGCUGGCCGUGCCC